UGACAAUUUUAUUAAAUAUAAGAUAUUUUCUAGCAUAUAACAUGUUACAGCAAAAGUGCUAGGAAUUAUUUAAAAAAAACUAAAAAGUAAUUUACAAAAUUUUUGAAAAAUAAUUAGAAAUAUUUGAAAGCACACACAACUGGGAGCAUAUAUAAAAGAAGAAAAUUAGAAUUUGUCAUAAAAUAUAUUCAGCCAAUGGUUUAUAAUUUUAGAUAUUGAAUAACAGAUACAAAGUUUCUCAUAAUGGGAAAUAAACAGAUAAAACAACAUUUGGAAACUGCCCAAAAGACUGGAGUUUUAAAAAUAUCGUUACAAAGACUUCAAGAUUUCCCCCCCCAAUUAAAAACAUUUCCAAAUGUUUUAAAAACUUUGGAUAUAUCUGAAAAUCGUUUUGUAACAUUACCUGAGGAAAUUGGACGUUUUACUUUAUGCAAACAUUUAAAUGUAUCUGGAAAUCGUCUUACUGAAUUACCGGAGAUCUUGGGAAACUUAACAAAAUUAGAAGUAUUUAUAGCAAUGAAUAAUAUGAUAACAAAUAUACCACAAUCAAUGGCGAAUUUGAAAAAUUUAAAACAAGUUAAUUUGAGCAAUAACCAAUUAGCAAAAUUUCCUACAAUGUUUUGUCAAUUAACACAUUUAGAUGUUUUAGAUUUAUCACGUAACAAAAUUGUGGAAAUACCAAAUGAAGUAAAAGAUUUAUAUGUAACUGAAUUAAAUUGUAAUCAAAAUCAAAUAUCUAUAUUAUCUGAUAACAUAGCAUUGUGUCCAAAACUAAAAACACUACGUUUGGAAGAAAAUUGUCUGCAAGCAAAAGCUUUUUCGCCAAAAAUUUUGAUUGAAUCAAAAAUUUCAAAUAUUUUAUAUGAAGGAAAUUUAUUUAAUCCAAAAGAAUUCAAUAGUCUUGAAGGCUAUGAAGCCUAUCAGGAAAGAUAUACUGCUGUGAAAAAGAAAAUGUUCUAAAUACGUUGGAAUUGCGCCUUCAAUUAAUAUCGCUCAAUACAUAAUUUCUUUACUUUAACUUUAUUUCUGUAGACAGAGUAAAACUUUCUUAAUUUUAGCUUUAAAUUAAAUAUUUAUGUUAUAAAAAGUAAAUUUAUUAUUGAUAUUGAAGAAAUUUGUACUGUGUAUUUUUUAAAAAUGAAAAUUCUUAUUUAGUAAAAUUGAUGUAUAAAAAUUGAUAGUAGGUAUUUGAAAAUAUUAAUUAAAUUACUCGUGUGUUUUUGUAUCUAAAAUCUAUAUAUCAGCCUUUGUAAAAAUAAUUUUUGUUAUUCGAUAAAAUGU